GAUGAAGAGACAGAGCCACAGAACAGAGAUCAGAGGAAGAGAAGAGACAGAAGUCAUGUCCAAAGUGUGGCCAGCUCUCACAUGUCAGAAGGUCAGUGUGACUCUGAUGUUAGUAAAAAAUUCAAGUUGACAACUUUGGUUAAGAAACAAAAACAAUCCUCAAAAGAAAAUAAACAUUCAUCUGCAGGGUCUGGAAAAAGAAAAAGAAUUCCACACGACGUGUCCGUCUACAUGAAAACUAAGUUUGAAAGACCUCAUGUCCCUAAAGAAUGUGACAAAACACAGAUGGGAACUCAUACAGGACAAAAGUGUUUUUCUUGUAAAGAAUGUGAUAAAAGUUUUAGUCAAAUAUAUUGUCUCAAAAGACACAUGAGAAUCCAUACAGGAGAGAAGCCUUUUUUGUGUAAAGAAUGUGACGGAAGGUUUAGUCGAAUAUCUAAUCUCAAAAGACACAUGAGAACUCAUACAGGAGAAAAGCUUUUUUCUUGUAAAGAAUGUGAUAAACGUUUUUAUCAAAUAUCAAAUCUCAAAACACACAUGAGAAUCCAUACAGGUGAGAAGCCUUUUUUUUGUAAAAAAUGUGAUAAAAGUUAUAUCACACUAUCUAGUCUUAAAUCACACAUGAGAACUCAUACAGGAGAGAAGCCUUUUUUGUGUGAACAAUGUGAUUUAAGUUUUUAUCGGAAAUCAAGUCUCAAAAGACACAUGAGAAUUCAUACAGGAGAGAGGCCUUAUUCGUGUGAACAAUGUGAUUCAAGUUUUAGUCAGAAAUCAAGUCUCAAUUCACAUAUUAGAACUCAUACAGGAGAGAAGCCCUUUUUGUGUAAAGAAUGUGAUAAAAGUUUUAGCAGAAUAUCUAGUCUUAAAUUACACAUGAGAACUCAUACAGAAGAGAAGCCUUUUUUGUGUGAACAAUGUGAUUUAAGUUUUUAUCGGAAAUCAAGUCUCAAAAGACACAUGAGAAUUCAUAAACCAGGGCCUAUUUGAGAACAAGGGAAACUCACAACAGAGGACUCGGAAUGAAAAAAACAAUAAUUGGUUUAACUAGGAAGGUUUAAAUAUUGUGAAAAACAUGUUUCCCUUAUGUUAAUGGCCACGUAAAACCAACUUUUAAAAAGUGUAUUAUAAUGUUCAUUCCUCACUAUAAACCUCCCAAAGCGAUAUUUUGAUCCAUUCACGCAAUUCUGAGUAACGGCGGGUUCACACUGGACACGGAAGCGCCGCAAAGCGACGCGGAACAGAGGCCACUUCCAUACGGUGCCCUUGUUAACCUGUAACAGGCGCAGAACUGAGUGUUUCGCUGUCUGCUCUAUUUGGUGCGCGAGCUGAGCGUUCCGCGUCAAUUCUGGCAGGAAGUUACAUCAAGAUACAUGAGAAAAUUUGGUUUAUUUUCAAAAUAUAACCAAUAUUUUACAAUGAAUAGAUUGACAAAUGCGAUCAUGUAAACAGACUGUAGAGAUGAAAAUAAACCUACAAUUACAGCACCCCCACACACACGUGAGCAGACACACACAAAACAAACAGGCAUGCACACAGAGAUCAACAUAGGCUAGUGGGCAGACUCCUGUGAGGGGGGGGCUGCUGGGUUUCGGGAGUAAAAAAAAACAACAACGAGAGAGAGACAGAGAGCAGCUCCUCUUAGCAGAAACACGGGGUAAUAUCUUUAGGUGAUUGACUUAUUACCCAUGAGACAACAACAAAAAAAGCUCUAGCAGAAACGCCUGUCGACCACAGUGGAAAAAUGCGCGUCUGGUGUGAACCACAGAGCGGAAGCUGGUUUAAUUAUUGUGUAUAUUAUGUAUAUGUAUAUAAUUACUUGAAAUAUUUUAGAUUUUCCUUGCAGUUAGUUUCAAUACUACCACGUAAUACAAAACAAUAAUGAAAGUCUAAUUUUAACUUUUUUUUUUUAGAUUUUGUUUAUUUAUUUUGGGGCGGUUAAGGUAAACAAAUCUGAAGUCGUGAUGAGCCCACCAACACCUUAUAUUAAGCCUUAUUUUAAAACCCUGCCUUCAAAAUUCUUUCAUUUUAGCAUUGACUCUGAGAAGAAAUGGGUUCCUCUGCACCUAAUCUGCAGAGACAGAUUAGAUCUAUAUGGAUAUAGUUUACUCUAAAAGGUUUAAGAAAGGCAUGAUAAAGACCCUUUAAAUCAGGGGUCUCAAACUCGCGGCCCGCAGGCCAUCUGCGGCCCCCAGGAUGAUAAUUUGCGGCCCGCGUCUUAAUAUGAAAAAUUACUGUUCGUGCGGCCCGCAAGG